AUGUCCGACUUUCAAAUCGGAGAUCAUGUGGACGCGAACGGUCAACAUGCUAUCGUGCGUUUCAUCGGCGAAACUUCUUUUGCCCCGGGGGAAUGGCUCGGGGUUGAACUGGAUGUCCCCCAAGGGAAGAAUAACGGAAUGGUUCAGGGGCAGAGGUACUUUGAGUGCGAGGAUCGGUAUGGCAUUUUUUUAAGGCCAUCCAUAGCAAGACUCAUGGAGCGGCCGGCGGCCCCUCCUCCCACGAGGAGACCUCCUGUUAUUUCGCCUCCUCCGUCGAACACUAGGAUUGGGAACAGGCCGUUGAGCUUGAGGGUAUAAAAUCUUGAUGACCAAAGCUCUUAGUGAUAGGGGUUGUAGGAUUAACUUAAUGGCUAGGCUCCGGCGUCACCAACUAAAGGGGCCUCACCAACCAAUGCAUCUUCAUCAGGUUACAAUACACCACGAACCAGUACUCCAACCACGAGCCGACCUGGCUCGAAUUUACGGGGAUCUAUCAGCGGGAGACCAGGUUCCAUGGGUCCACCUCUAGGUCCUAAUAAGCCACCUGCCACUACCAAUAUGGGAAUGCCUCGACGCCGAUCUACGGUGAACUCGGCAGCACUGUCCCGGACCGGCUCUAAUUCUUCCUCAGCAAGUAAUCCCACCUCGAAGCCGCCUCAAGUCAAUAGGCUUUCAUUAAAACCAGCGACUUUAUCGGUACUAGGGGCGGCGGGGAAGAGGGCUGGUGCUGUAAGUAUGCCUUCUGAAAGAAGUUCACCGGAGGGGAGCUCUACAGCUGCGGCCGGAGGUGCAUUAAGACGGACCAGAAACGAUAAUGAUCCUAGGGUGUCUCCAGGGCCUGGGAGACGAGGUUCGGUUAUGGGUAAGCCUGGCGGUGCUCCACCGGCCCGGAUUGGUGCAGCGGGACAACCUCUUGGUCCUGCAACCCCUGGUCCCGCCGCUGCAGCUAAUGCGUCAUUGUCAAGGGAGCUUGAAGACUUGAAAAGCACUAUUAAGGUGAUGGAAAAGAAGAGGGUGGAUGAUAGGGAUAAGCUUAGGUUACUUGAAAGAGUGCAGGCUGAAAGAGAUAAAUUCGAAACUAUCAUCCAGAAGCUGCAAGGUCCGAUACGAAUUCCCUUAUGACACUGCUUGCGAUUUGAGGGAAACUGUACACGCUGACAAUGGCCACAAUAGCGAAAUAUCAGCCUCAACAGGCGGAACUCACCGAGCUGCGAAAGCAACUUAAGGAGAUCCGGGGAACCAUUGAAGAGAUGGAAAAUACCAAACAAGACAAUGAAUUAAUGGUGGAGAUGGCAACUCUGGACAGAGAAAUGGCAGAGGAGCAAACCGAGGCUUUGAGGGCAGAGUUGGAGGCUGUCAGGGGGAAAGCGGAGGAGCUAGAGAUGGAGGUUGAGAUUCUCCGCGAGGAGAAUGCUGAGCUCAGUGGGGAGAUGACGCAAGAGGAAAAGACUAGUGCCGGCUGGCUGCAGAUGGAGAAGCAGAACGAACGUUUAAGGGAAGCAUUGCUGAGGCUUAGGGAGAUUACUUCGCAGACAGAGACGGAGUUGAAGGAUACUAUCAAAUCUCUAGAGGAGGAUAAUACUGAGCUCACUGUCUACAAGGAGAACUUUGAGACUACCAAAGAGAAAUUAAAUGCCUCGGAGGCUGCGGUUGAAGACCUUAGGCAGCAGUUGGAAAUGGCCGAGAGCGCAGAACAGAUGCUGGAGGAUCUCACUGAAAGGAAUCUCGCGAUGAGUGAGCAGGUCGAGGAACUCAAAGCUACCGUUGAGGACUUGGAAAGUCUGAAAGAAAUUAGUGAUGAAUUGGAGAUUAACCAUGUCGAAACCGAAAAACAGAUGCAAGAGGAGCUCGACUACAAAGAUCUUAUUAUUACUGAGCAGAUCCGGAGAAUUGGACAGUUGGAUUCGAGUAACGAAGAAGCCGAAUAUACUAUCACUCGAUUCAGGGACUUGGUUACAAACCUGCAAGGGUAUACCUUUACGCUCUCUAGUUAGAUUGGCGAGGUGCUGAUAUGGCUGAAAAUAGUGAUCUCGAGGAUAUGAGAGCUUCACAGCAAAUCACUGAGACCGAGGCCGAAGAACUGACGCAACGGUCACGGUCCAUGAUGGAAAUUAACAUGAAGCUCCAGAUCACUGCUGCCAAGGCUCAAAAUAAGACUAUCGAUUUGGAGUUGAGACGCUUGGAGGCUGAUCAAGCGAUAGAGCAACUCUCUAUCGUGCAGGUAAUCGUCUUGGGUGUCGAAUUAUUGGGAGAUUUACUAAUGGUGUUAGAUGUUCCUUCCCGAAGCCUUCCAUUCAGAGCGUGACUCCAUCCUGGCUUUGCUCCGGUUCAAGCGUGUUUCUUUUAAGGCUCAGCUAUUGCAGAACUUUGUUAAAGAGCGUCUUACCUCUCAACUUGGACAAGCAUCUUAUAACCGGGAAGAUACCACGAUGGCGGCUUGUGAUAUGUGUGACAAACUGACAUGGGUAUCAGCUAUGUGCGAUCGGUUCAUCAACUGCAUCAGCGGAUGCAGUGUCGCACAGUUUGCUAGGUUCCAAGGUGCAUUGUAUGAGCUUGACCCUGUUGAGAGAGCACUUAACGGAUGGAUCGAGGGGCUUAGAAAAGAUGAUCUUAAGGAGAAGCAAUGCGUUUCUGAGCUUCAACGGUAUGUUUCACCAUAUGUCGGGUUUCCCGAGCCAACGCUAACAUGAUGGCGAAGAACCAUGGCUUUGAUGUCCCAUUUGGGCGAGAUUCAUCUCCAGAAUGACCUUGAAGGCUUUGCGAGUGAUAUCCACAUGCGCGUCACUUUGAUGCAGAGCUACAUGGAAAGCUCAGCGACUGCUCUUUCCCACAUUAGAACAAUCGUCCAGGACAAACUACCGGGUACCCCGGAAGAGGACGAAGAAAUCGCAUCUAGCUUUUCCAAGCGAUCUGAUGCGGUGAUUUCCCACUCUCGUAGUGCGAAAGUUGUUGUUGGAAAGAUCCUUCGAUCUCUUAAUGACUUCCAGCAAAGGUCGUUAUCUUUGACACAGGAUAAGCUCGCGCAGUUCGAGGCCUGUGAAGAGGCAACCAAGAAGCUCGCCGAUUACGCUCGUGAGCUUGGUGAUGAUGUUUACACAUUGCUAUACUCUGGCAAUACCUCUGGUGCCCCAACUUGGGUGGGCCUUCAGAGCGCUCUCCUCAAGACUACGGAAAAGGUCCUGAGGGUCGCUGAAAGCGAUAUCUUUGGCGCUUUCGGGAAGGAGCUGAGAACUCUGACGAACAUGCUGGUGGAGCUUGGGAGCACUGCUGCGGAUAUUGAUAUGACUGCAGAGUGUGGGUUUUCCCAUUCUUCACAUCCACUUGAACCAUUGCUGACUGGCUGGACCUUCAACAGUUGAAAAGCCGCCCACCCCAUGGGUGGUAAGGGCACGGGAGCUCAAGACGACAAAGGUGGUAUCAAUUGACACAGAAGAAGAGAUUAGACGUUUGAAGGACGACAUCCUUGAACGUGCGACACAAAUAAAACUUCGUGUACGUGCAAUGGGCUCACCUUUCCUCACUGUUGCAACACUAACACAUUUCUAGGACAAAACUCUCGAAGAAUCCGCCGUCAAAAUCGAACUCCUGGAAUCCCGUAUGCGUAACGUGACCAAGCAAAGCGAACGCAUAGAGGAACUCGAGAAGCAAGUCUCUGCCAGCACCGUUCGCGAAGCCACCUUCUCGGAAACUGUCGAUAGUCUAAACGAAGAAGUGGUGACACUGGAGGCUGAAAUCGCCAAGUGGGAGAAGGCUGCCAAUGAAAAACACGCAGUCGGCGAGAUUGACAAGAUUGGUGCCGAGCGCGCCGUUGCGACUGCGAAGGAAGUGGACUCGCUGAAGAAGGAGAUUGUAGCAUUGACUGGAGCUGUAGCUUUCUUCCGGGAGGAAAACACUAGGAUUAAGAACGCGGACUUACUCGCCGCCGAUUCGUGGCUUCUCGAACCACUGCUCCCCCGACCAGAAGUGAAGGAGGUGGGAGAGUACGAAACAGACCUAGCAGCUGAAGGCCAGGACGUGUUCGCUGAAUUAAUGCUCCUGACGACUGAAAGCAAAGUGGUGGACCUCACGCAAACACCCGAGAACAGGAAGGCGUGGAGACCGGUGAGGAGUACGCCCAAAUACCACUUCCUGGAGCAGCGAGAGCAUUACGAAUCUCUGGUGUCAUGGCGCGACGACGUGAUCUCUCGAGCGCUGUACCAUGAUGCGGCGAAGGCGAGCAUUCGUCUUCGAAAGCCGAAGGGCACCAAGGGUGUGUUCGGCGCCCGGGUCAACGUGCUCGUUGACCAGGGGCUCGUUGGCAAGGGGGGAGGGGUGGCGGAAGUGGUGAUUCGCGAGCCGGAGGGGUGGGAGGAGUUUGGAGAAGCGAUGGGGUUUUCUUGA